AUGCUUCAGUUGAGUUCGAGUGAUUACGGCUUGAAGAUGUUAUUCCCGGUGCUUGGUGUGUUCCUGAUCGUUGGAGGUGGCAGUUUGGCUAGCAGUGUUAUACCAAAUAAUUACAAUGUUCAAUUCAGCACUGACAUCCAUAGCGGUAGCGAAUCGUACGAUGGAACCGUUGAAAUAUGUUUCAACGUAACGGAAGAAGUUGAUCAGCUUGAACUCCAUGCAAGGAAUCUAACGAUCAGGGUUGUCGCUCUGAACAAUAAGGACGAAGUUUAUGAGACGCAACCAAGUGAAUUGCCAAACGGAAAUCUACUAUUGAAAUUAGAAAAUUCGCUUCCAUCGGGGAACUACCAUCUGAAGGUCACUUUUAGUGGUACCGCGUCCGAUAGCGAUGCCAUGUUCAAAGGAUCGUACCAGAAAGGUGACGAUGAAUCUGUCGGGCACUAUUUGAUGAGCAAACCGAAGAAGUGUGGCUUUCUCGAGAGCCCAAGUGCAUUCCCUCAUUUCGGCGAGGAACACAAAGCAACUUUCAAAUUGUCGGUUGCUCACCACGAGAGUUUCCGAGCGUGGUCCAAUAUGCCUUUGGAAGAUCCUCCCUCGCGACACGAUCGAGAAGAAUAUGUUGUUUCCAGUUUUGGAGAAACUCCCGAGAUGCAUGUUUUCGAUGUGGGAUUUUUUGUGGCUGACUUUGGUUCAAAGCAUGUCGGUAAGGUGACUGUAGUUGCCCGUGAAGACAUACUGGAAUCCUUGGAGUAUGUUACAUCCGUGUGUCGCGAUCUGGUGAAGAUCAUGGAUAAUCAUACUGCUGUUGAUUACAACGUGCCUGAUUACGCAUUGAUCGUCGUUCCACGCAAGUUCUCUCAUUCCAAUUUGACGGAGUUUGAGAGGAAAUUUGUAAAUGAAAAAUUCAUGAUGUACAAUCCGGAAGAGGACGACUUCAACAAAUUAUCUGCAUUUUUGAGAUCAGCCGGUAACAAUCUGAUGCUUCAGUGGUUCGGUGACAUGAUCGCGCCAGAAGAAGAAAGACUUCUCCAGGCGUUCGCGAACGUUUACACUUACUACAAUGCGGAGAAGAUUUAUCCUCACGAGUUCAUGAUGAUGCACUACCAAGUUGAUGUCGUACAAAGAUCUCUGUUACGAGACUACGAGAGACCCAGCAGUGUGCUGAACAUGUUUUGGCUGAUGGUGUUGGACAGCAAGUGGGCGACGGUGAUGGAGAAUUUGUCGAAGAACAGGCAACCACGGACAUUGACAACUGCACAAUUAUGUUCCGAGGCCCAAACUUUGUGGAAAGAUGACUACAAUCUUCCGGAAGGUACAACACUCGAAUCGAUCUUCAACCAAUGGAUGUAUAGCGACGAGGAGCCACCUGUUCUGAAUGUGCAACGCGUUUACUCGGAAGGUAAAGUGAUCCUUUCGCAAAACGGAUCAGAGAAGGUUCUUCCGUACAAUUUCGCGACAAAAUCAUCGCACUUUGAUCAGCUGGGACCAUUCCAGUGGCUCACUACCAGCAAUGAAACUUUGAAGUUUGACGUUCCUGAAGAUCAUUGGAUUUUGUUCAACAAGGAACAAUUUGGAUUCUAUCGCGUUAAUUACGAUCAACGAAACUGGGAACUGAUCAUUCAAGCUCUUCAGACGAACGCUUCCAGUAUUCAUCGAGUGAGUCGGAUGCAAUUGUUGGAUGAUGCUUUGCAUUUUGUGAAGAAUGAUCAGCUUGAUGUUUCAAUACUGUUGAACCUACUGACGUAUUUAAGGAACGAAACGUGCUAUGAUGUAUGGUAUGAUGCGUAUAUUGUGUUGAAAACGUGGUAUUAUCGUGAAAUGGAUCCGCCGCAGGUUGUUAAGGAUUUUUUCGUACACAUCAUUGAGCCAUAUUAUCAGAGUUUUGCGUCGCAGGAUAUUAACCAAUCGAAUCCGCAAAUGGAACUUCACAUUCAAUCUAAAAUAGCUGAUCUUGCCUGUUGGUUUGGUAAGAAGGAUUGCUUACAGCAAGCUCGAUCUCGUUUCCAACAAGCCGUUUCGAAGAACAUACCUGUUGAGCCUAACUGGGCUCGGAUGACUUACUGUUACGGUCUUCACAAUGCUAGUGAUGAUGAGUUAGAAUGGCUAUUAACCAAGAAUAAGAAGCAACAUUCUUGUCCUAUUGCUUACUUGAGGUGCGUUGAUAACGAGAAGCAUCUACGACGAGCACUGACUGAGUUGAAGAAAAUGUCGAACCCCGAAAAAAUAGCCGCUUUCGUAUCGGCACUAGACGAGAAUGGAUUUAAACUGUUUCACUCCCUACUGAAAAAUGAACCGGAUCUGGUGCAAGUUUUGGGAUCUUCAACGAUCGAGCUUGCUCUGGAGCGCGUCUCAAAGAGCACAAAGAGUUCAAAAACAUUGAAGUUGAUCGAGGAUUUGGAGGACUCUUUGGAUCUCCCAGUCACUGGUAAAGGUUCCGGAUCACCCGAAACAAAUAUCUGGGCCAAGCCGGAAGCUGUCGAGUUUAUUGAACGUUAUAUGGCACAGCAGGAAAGUCGCUAGGUUUAGGUGUGGAAGCAUUUGACAUACUUUGUGGAGAAAAUAAAUUAUAUUCUUUAUUAUCACA